UUAUAAAGACCAUAAAAGUUCGAUUUUAGCUUCGUGCAACUUUGGUCUAGGGGUUUAAAGUUUCACCAACAUUUUUUGGUGUAGACCUUAAUUUCAACCUUCAUCGGCGUUUGAAAAGAAACAUUCUUACACUGAGUCUGUACUACAGUCAGAUAUGAUCUCCCUAUUGUGCGUUCAUAUGUGCACAUGCAGUGAAAUAAGUCACGACGCCUAAUACGAGAACGCGCCAUAGGAAUAAAAAAUCUCUUGGAUCUAACCGCAUUCCUACAGUUGUUACGUAUCACUUGCCAUCAAUCGCUUCCUGUGCGAGGCAUGAUCUGGUUCUUAUUGAUUCAUCUGUCCCGAUGGCUGGCAUAACAAUUCCGACAAUUGACAAAUGGCAUGCGAAAGUUGAGACUCGGUUGUCUAAGGUCACUGUAUGCAUACUGGAGAAACGAGAUCACAAUAAACGUAAAUGCAUUCAUCUUUCCUAUGACAACACAACACUAUGUAGCUAGACGAGUUUAUGAUGCAAACAUUUUCGACGUUGCAUAAGCGCCAGGAUCUUAACAAAACCAUUUAUGGAACAUUACACUUUUACAGAUGAUUUAUUCUCAUUUUGAAGGAACUAAGUUUCAAUUCGUUCUUGUGUCGGUUACUAAAACGGAGGUAGACUUUCAAGAUUCACAAAAGAGACAGCUCUCCUUCACCUCCGUCAGCGAGGAGGGCAAUCUACAUACAAUGUGGGUGACCCAUACUUGUAGUAUUCCCACGUUAUGAGGGAAAUCGUCAUCCUCAAGGUACUUUGCAAGAUAGCCCUCGGGAUUACCACUGAAUGUGGUUUUCCUUCCUGGUGACGAGGUCUGCGGAAACUCGGCCAAAAUCGUGGAGGUUUGACAGACAGAAAUAUUACAAAUAAGAAAGGCAAAAUGACCAAACGACGUACAUCAAUACAUAAGAUGGCGUCAGACGCGACAGGCUCUGCUUCGUUAACUGACGAGGAGGAAAUGGCGACCUACUACAUGAUGGAGACGGAUUACGACCAGCAACCGCCCAAUGGAAUCUCCCGUUACAACAUGCAGAAAGGAUACCCCAUAGCAGGCAGUAGCCAGAGUAUACUGGUGGGAAAUCAAGAUGGUAUUCAAAGUCGUAGGCAGGAGUUGGUAAACUGGAUACGUGAAAAGGCCAAGAAAUCCUUCACAAAGAAAGUACUGUACAAACGUGUGCCAGUGCUCCUUUGGUUGCCAAAAUACAAUACACAGGACGCAAUUGGUGACCUUGUGGCCGGCAUCACCGUUGGGCUCACUGUUAUUCCCCAGUCGCUCGCAUAUGCCAAUGUUGCUGGCCUUCCCACUGAGUAUGGUUUGUAUGGCUCGUUUCUGGGGUGCUUCCUGUACAUUUUGUUUGGCAGCUGUAAAGAUGUGCCUAUGGGACCCACAGCCAUUGUCUCACUACUGACAUUCCAACAGGUUGGAAAUCUUGGAUCAAAUGCUCAUUACUAUGCUAUCCUACUCUGCUUUCUGUCUGGAUGUAUUGAGCUUCUAAUGGGCAUUCUUGGACUAGGGUUUGUAAUAGACUUCAUAUCGGGCCCUGUUUCCUCGGGAUUCACAUCAGCAGCAGCCCUGAUCAUUGUGACAUCACAGGUCAAAGAUGUACUGGGUAUAAAUGCAUCAGGAAACACUUUCAUUGAAAACUGGAUCAGUCUAUUUAAUGCAAUGAAAGACACGCGAACCUGGGAUACAGUCCUUGGGGUAGCCUGCAUUGUAAUUCUCUUCCUCAUGAGGCUACUGACCAUGGUGAAAGUGGGACCUAAAGAUGAGACGCAAUUGACUUCAACUCACCGAGUUAUAAACAAAUCACUUUGGCUCAUUGGUACAUCCCGAAAUGCAAUCCUUGUAGUAAUCUGUGGUUUUAUUGGCUACCAUUUUGAAAAUACGGAUGCAAUUAAACUUACAGGAAAUAUCACCAAAGGACUUCCGGAAGUUAAACUCCCUCCGUUUGAGUUCUAUGACAGCACUUCAAACAACACAGUCAGUUUCGUUGAUAUGUGUUCAACGCUGGGUACCGGCAUCAUUAUACUUCCUCUUGUGGCACUGUUGGAAAACAUUGCAAUUUGCAAGGCUUUCUCAAAUGGAAAACCUGUGGAUGCAACUCAAGAACUGCUAGCAAUUGGAAUAUGUAAUAUUGGGAAUUCCCUUGUGCAAGGAUUUCCAGGAACAGGCUCACUAUCUCGCAGUGCAGUUAACAAUUCAAGUGGGGUCCGAACCCCACUUGGUGGUCUGUACACAGGUUUACUGGUAAUGCUAUCUUUGCUGUUCCUCACACAAUUCUUCUUCUACAUACCCAAGGCAGCACUAGCAGCUAUUAUUAUUGCAGCUGUCAUAUUCAUGGUAGAAGUCCAUGUUGUAAUACCCAUGUGGAAAACAAAGAAGAGUGAUCUGAUUCCGGGAAUUGGCACAUUUGUGGCUUGCCUUGUUCUGCGACUUGAGAUUGGAAUCCUGGUGGGCAUUGGCAUCAACAUUUUAUUUAUUCUAUAUCAUGCUGCUCGUCCAAAAAUAGCCAUAGAAUAUCAAGUGACAAGAGAGGGAGUGGAGUAUUUGUUACUCACUCCAGAUCGCUGCCUCAUCUUUCCUUCAGUUGACUAUGUGCGUAACUUGGUGACCAAGCACAGUAUUAAGCAAGCAAUUCCUGUAGUUAUUGACUGCUCACACAUUUAUGGUGCUGACUUUACUGCUGCAAAGGUUGUAGAGUGUCUAACACAAGACUUUUCAUCACGCAAGCAACCACUGUUCUUUUAUAACCUUAAGCCCAGUGUGGUUGCUGUGUUCAAUGGGCUACAACCAAAAGAUUUUGUUGUCUACCAUUCAGAAGAUGAACUUGACAAUCUUAUCAGAGCACACAAGAAGCUCACAGAAGAGAAUCGAAUUCGGAAUGAGAUCAGCAUAGUAACCACUGGGUAACCCACACAAAGAAACUUUGUUGCUAAGGAGAUAAAUGUCCUCAGGUGUAAAGAAUGCAGUAUGACCUAAAUGGUGCAGUCAUCACCAUGGGAAUUACAAUAUACUGGUGAAGACUUUAUCAACAGUCUCUUUUAUUUGCAAAAAGAGAGGCACAGGCUAGUCCAAAAGAAGUGUGGAAACUUCCUAAGAAACUGCCUUCUUUAUAUAAAAGAAUUCAGCAAGUUAUCACCACACAGUAAUGAUCUGAAUUUAGUGUGUGAAAAGCAACCACUAACCUAUGUACACAGAAUGAACAGAAGGGGAGUUUAUUUUGGUAUUUAAGCCAGAUUGAAGAACUUUUGAUACUUUCUUAGGCUGGAUCAGAGGAAGUAUUCAUACGAAACAAUCAGUACUGAUGGCUUGAGAUGUCCCUCAUUACUUACUUUAUAAGUUCUUAAUAUGUAAGUCAGUUUUGUCUCGAGGGACACAUUCUGCCUAUAAGCAAUAGUUUGCUCAUUCCUAUCAUAGAUGCACAUGAAGAUUAUUUUUCAUCUACAAUGGGAAGAAAUAAACUAGAAUGUUCAAUCAGUAUGCAAAUAUAGAAGCAUAACUCUCUAAAUGUAUAUACAUUUUAUUCUGUUCUACAUAAAUGUGUGUUUGUACAUACAUGCAUGUGCAUGCACACACACAUGUUCGCGGUAGACAAAUUAGGUAUAUAGUAAGAUACAGCUGGAUUGUAAAUUACAUAUAAACCUACUUGCUUAACAAAUGGUGAAUUACCCAGUUCUUGUAAUGAAAGAAUUUAUGAAAGUUAUUUAUGUGAGCCUCAUGUUUUUAGAAAGAAAGAAGAAUGAGUUUUAAAUUAUGUGAAAGUGAAAUGACGAAUGCUUUUACUUAUACUUUUGAGGGAGAAAGAUGAAAAUAACUUUUAACAUUCUUUUCAAAAAAAUCAGUCAUUCUGGAGCACAAGCACAAUAAGUAGAUCACAGAACAAUAUGUUAAGCAAAAUAAUAUGAUUUACAUACCUUGGAAUUCAGAUUUUUCCUUUACAGUCAGUCACAACUGAAAAAGUUGGUUAUAUAACAAUUUCGAAUUAAAGUAAAAGUGUUUCACUUUUUUUACCUUUUGAAACAAUGCUUACUGGUCCCAUAUUGUGAAUGUAUAAUUUCCUACAACAAUAAUACCUUCUAAAUUCAUUAUUAUAAUUUUUAAUAACUAUAUUUUAUCACAUAUUUCCAGUGGUUGCUGACGUAACCUAUAAUUUUUAUAUAAUUCAUGUUUCUGAACCAUAAGAAAUUUGCACCCAAGAGUUACACAGGCAUGGAAAAAUGAAGGAAAACUUCAUCCAAUGCUCAAGUAAAAAAAGGGGUACAGAAAUAGGUAUUGGUUAUAUCAUUGUUUUAAAAUAUAUUGUUGUACAUUCAUCUCAAGGUAAUAGUUAGAUACAGUUGUCCUAAUACUGCUGUAAUGUGCUACUUUCACCAUAAUAUAUCAAAUUAAGAACCAGACAUCAGCUUAUUACAGAGUUGUGAAUUCAGAAGAGAAGUUACAGGGCUACAGCAAAAGAUUAUUGAUUAUUGUUAUAGUCCUGUUGAAUUGUUGGUCCUUCAGGUUCAGAAUAUUUAGUUACCUCUGAGUAUGGCUAUAUUAUUGCUGUAUAAUGGGGAGAAAGCAGUACUUAUGAAUUUAAAAUCCAAGUUUCCAUAACAAAUUGUAGACAUUUUAAUAUUCAAAAUUAAUUGGCUCUGAAACCAACAAGCAUGAUGCUUUCUUUUAAGGUUCAUGGUCUGUGUUUGUGUCCCUAGCAGAUUAACAAACGUAGUGAAUGCCAUGCUGCAAAUGACCUUUAGAAACAUGAUUCAGGAAUUAAUUUUUAAGCUACAUGACAAAGAUUAAUUACUUGCUUUAGAAAUUUUAUAAAUACUUAUGAUGUAAGUCCAAAUAAUAAGACUGUUAGAAUACGAGAAGAUAUUUAAAUUUUAUACAGUAGAGAAAUUUAUAAAUUUGUUAAUUUUCUUAGAGUUUUUAGUUUAACUAGAUUUAAUGUGUUGUUAAGUUACAAAGUAUAGGAUUAUCUACUUCUUUCAGAUCAUGUAAAGAUUAAGAGACUAAAAUUUGUUGCAGAUAUAUGCUAUAUACUGAAAAAAAUUUAUCACAUUUUGUCUGUCUGGAAAUUCUGAAUCUGAAGUAUGCUUUGAUAACAAUCAAAGAUGCAACUGAAUGUUUCCUAAGUCAUCUAGUUCUGUAUACACGCUUGGAUCAUUCUAUUUAGACAUGAAGAUGGGAGAAAUGUCAGCAUUUCAGAUGCUCUCUUUACAUUACUGUAUCCAGAUAAGCUUAGAAAUGUGGAAUAACAUUGACUAAAAAAGUUUUAAAAAAAACUGAACUAAGUUUUUUGUGUGAAUGCCAGUAUUAAAUCCUUGAAAUAUUUUACAUAUCUUUCAAUGUGGCCAAAUACAUAGAAUACAUAAAGCAAAUAAGUGCUAUAAGCAAUCAUACAAAUAUAAUGGAGCUAGAAGGUUUCUUAAAAUACAGCAUAUUGUCUGCACCAAAUUUAACAAAACAUUCACAUCCUCAACUGUUGGUAUACAGUGUGUUGUUCCCAUUUAUAUUUACAUUAAAAUAAAAGAAAUACUAAGUGUAAA